GGCGCGCUUGGUGGCCGCCAGCUCGAUGCUCUCGUUCAGCACAGAGCUGGCAUAGCGCCACCCGACGCGCGAGGACAUCAAACCAAAGAUCUAAGACCAUCCGGCGCUCCUAAACCUCGCGCAUAAAUCCAGCGAGCAGCGUCUAUAGUGGCAGCGGCGAUCGACGCCGCGCAAAAACACCUGCAGACAGCUCCAAUCUCAGCUGCUCUCUGUCGCCGCGAACGGCACCAGAGAGGCAAAAAAUGAUCCUACCCGCAUCAAUGCUCAGCCAAGCGCGACGCGGCGCAACCACAGCCGGAGGCGCACUUUUUAGCUUACAACGUGGCGGCGCAUCGCUCCGGACCGACGCGCUGCAGCAGACAGCAAAAAACGAAUGGCUCGUCUGGUCGCCCGGCGUUCCGGCGCGCAUCGCGGCGAGCUACGUGUUCCUCGCCGUGGCGUUGGCGGUGCUCGCGCGGUCACCCGCACAGCACCUGGUCGAGCGCGCUGCCGUCGCGACGCAAGAAGCGCUACUCCACGGAGCGCACCGCGCGGGGUGGUGGACGCUCCUGUCAUUGCUGUCGUCCAGUUGCUGCGUCAUCCAGCUCGCCCUGAACAUGCUUUCUGUCGGUUGCGCGGGCUUCAAUUCCAUCCUCGGGCCGGCGCGGCCCUUCUUCCUCGCGUGCGCGUUACAUGCGCGCGUACUCCUGCGGCGCGCGGCGGUGGCGGCUCCGGGCGUCGACCCGCGGGUGAGACAGAUGAACGUCUACGGCGGCGCGCUCGCGAUCGCCGUGGCGUUUGCGCCAGAAAUGGUGGCCUUGGUCGCCAAGUUGAGACGACGGCGAAUUGACGACGUCGCGGGCGCGGCUCUCACCCUUGACCUGCCGAGUAUGGGCUGCGUCGCCUGCGUGGACGCGGUGAGCCGCGCGGUCCGCAGCGUUGCUGGCGUAGUUGACGCAGACGUCUCUGUUGGGAGUGCGACGGUCAGUGUGAACAUGGCGAGCGACGCGAUCGCUGCCGCCAUCAGCGACGCGGUCCGGAAGGCGGGCUUCCCGCCGGAAGCCGUUCGAUGGCGUAAGAUAUGAACAACUUAC